AUGUCAUCAAUUAUUCAAAGAGACGAUAACAUACCAUUAGCCGACGACGAUCCCCAAGUGAUUAUAAGCGAUGAAGUCGAUAACAACCGUUUGGAUCAUGGAAGAUCAAUGGAUUCUUUACCAAGUUCAUACACUGGCUCAUCAAGUCCUGGCCUAAAUGGACCACCGAGCUUCGAGCCCGAUUCCGGUAUCGACGAACAAGAAGAAAAAGCGCGCCUGAUCUCGCAAGUUCUUGAGCUACAGAACACUUUGGAUGACUUAUCACAAAGAGUUGACUCAGUCAAAGAAGAGAAUCUAAAGCUACGCUCUGAAAAUCAAGUAUUAGGUCAAUACAUUGAAAAUCUCAUGUCAGCAUCAUCUGUCUUUCAACCAACAACCCCGGCUAAAAAAUGA